AUGCGCAAGAGGGGCGGGGCAGAGGCAUUCUUGCUGAGCGUUUUCGAGGACUUUGACCGGAAUGGAGACGGAACCCUCUCCAUGCGACAAUUUCGCGAAUGUCUUUUCGAUGUCAACGUGAGAGUCUCGGAACAGACCCUGCUCGAGGUCGGGCGUUAUUUCCGAGCACGGACCCUGAAAUCUCGCAGCGGUCGCCACCAACACGAAAUCCGCGAUUCCCAGCGCGGAGACGUACGAGUCAGAAGGGACAGCUCCACCGACUCCACGCUCGUCGAAGUUUCGUAUGUCCCUCUGAUGGAUAUUGUUUUCGGAAGAAAGGAGGUGAAAGAAUCAAGAAGAAUGGGUUCUAACCAGGAUGAUAAGGGGACAGAUGACCCAUCCAAUGACUGGGAAGAUGAACGAGGAUAUGAGCCACGCAGGGAGAGCAAGGCGCUAUGUCUACCAGAGGAAUACUCCAGCGAGGACGAUGGUGAUAGCGGUAGCUGCGAGCACUGCUUUGUUGACAUUGAUCGAAUUCGUGCAGCGAGGAUUGCCGUUCUCGAGACCACGGAUGCACUCAGCCGACCACCGCUCUUUCUCGCUGCCGCUGCUGGUAACGUUCCGGCCGCAAAGACUCUCAUUCGGCAUGGGGCAGCCUCCGCUUGUGCGGUAGAUGGGACUGGCUUGACCCCACAUUCUGUUUCACCAAGUUUGCUCAUGAGGAGGGUCCUGGCUGCAGAAGCCAGGAAAUCGCUAUGCCAAACUUUAUCGAAACGGACCGAAGACCGCUCGCUUGGUGGGUGCAUCCCUGACAUGACCAGUGAUCGAAAGGAAGAACGAGAACUUCUGCGCGAGAGGCUUGAUCACGGGAGUGAACUGAAGGAAUCAAGCGAAUGCGAGUCGUUACAGCGGGACGAUAAUCGUCGGAUGGCAAUGUGGAUCUCGACCUUGGCAGAGGAUGAGCUAGCACAGACCCGCGCAAGCGAGGCUCGAGUCGAUCUAAAGACGAGUCUCCACCUGGCUGCAACUGCUGGGUUGCCUGAUUCUGUUACAGAUCUUCUCGGCCGAGGGAUAGGAGAGUCAGGGAAAGAGACAGUUGGGGCGACUCAAGGUUGUGCAAAGUGGGACACAUCAUCGAAACCGUCCGAAGACAUCAUUGGGCGAGCUCGACUCAGUACAGGUCACUGUGCAUACGACCACCACAACAUCUCCCGGGGUAUGCCUAACGCGGCGACACUGGCGACUGAUGCGAACGGGUGGUCGGCGUUACAUGCAUGUUGCACCGAGGAUUCAACUCAGCACUACUCCUGUGCGCUCGCCUUGCUGGGAUCACACGAUGAUCCGAACGCUCGGACUAACACCGGAAAAACGCCUCUGCACAUAGCCGCAAGUGCGAGCGGACCGGCAAAGAGUGAUGUAAUUCCCAUGCUCGUAAGCCACGGGACAAGUCUUGAAGCCCAAGACGCUGACGGACUCCGACCAAUCCAUUUUGCCGCGAGGAAGGGCCGGCACAUCGCUCUCCUGGCUCUCCUUACUGCGGGAGCAAACCCUUGGUCCGUCACGUCAAGGAGGUGGAAUGCCCUGCACUACUCAGCGGCCAGCGGGUCAUUAUGGUGUACCCGAUUGCUGGUAUAUUGGGAUUCCGAUUCUGGCGUUCUCGCCAGACAAGAAAACAGCGCUGGCACGACGGCCAUGGACUUGGGCAGGACGGAUGACAUCCGCUUGGCCAUGUCGAGCAUCUGGGAAGCCGCAGCGCUAGGAGAGACCGAACGGGUGUCCCGCUCAUGCCAAGAGGGCUCGCGCUCUCCGAAAGACGCGAUCGGCAAGCCUUGGACGUGCCCGGGGGUUAACAGCAAGACCCCGGGGCUUGGGUUUACACCCCUCCACGCUUGCAUGGCAGGACUAGCGGCAGUGACGAGGGGUGAUGACGUGAGCCUCCCGUGCGCUCCCCCUCGACUGCUUCACAAGAGCGAUAAAGUAGCUCAACGGCCUUCCUUGUACACCCACCUUGCGCGUCGAUGCUGCAAACCAGCGCGCCGCCACCGAGGCAGGGUUGCAAGCACGCGCGAAAGAAACGAUUCGGGAACGCCCGAGUUGAGAGGAAAACCUCCGGGCGCUUUCGAUCGACGCGACUAUGCCGGGGCGUGCCGAGCCCUCCUGUCUGCAGCGGCAGACGUCCACGCUCUCGACAACCGAUGUCGAACGCCUUUGGCUCUAGCUGCCGCGAGCGGAAACGUGGAGAUCGUGGAAAUAUUGCUGCGAGCAGGAGCUGACCCGCGAGCGCGUGACGCGGACGGGAACACCCCGUUGCACUUUGCGUUUUCGUAUGCAAACGUAGCGGUCGCGGCCGCACUAUCAAAGGAAGGGGGAGACCAAGACGCCUGCAACCGAGACGGCAAGACCCCUCAAGAUGUUGCCGGUCUUCGUGCAGGUCUUGCGAUGGAAGAAAACAGCCUCUCGGGCGAAGAGCCGAGUUAG